GGACUGGUUACGUAUACAGAGGAAAUAAUAAAGCGGCGGAGGGCACCCUCCUCCGUUUCGUGAGAGCAAAGCAAGGGCGGAAACUCCAAGAAUUUCAGAGUGGGGAUACUACUUAUUCAAUUCCUGUUCCACUAAUUUAUUCAGCGAAUAACUGAAUAACUUUAAUCCCCACUGUGUAUACUUGUUCCCACCAUCUGACUGUAGUAUACUUGCUGUUACCCUUGAACUUGAGCAGAAAAACUAUUGCCCGCUGGGGCAACGUGGAGUGCUGAGUUAUAGUAAUGGCAUUUCGAUUUACUCUUCUUACAAUAUUUAUAUUACUUAACAUAACUUUGGCGUUACCCGCGAAAAAUUCAGGAAAUUCAAAGAAGAAAAAAGUUAAUCGGCCGAAAUUAAGUGACAAUAUUGAAAACAAUCCAUUCCUUCAAGAGGACAACACAACUGAACCACCAGAUUAUCAAAGGAAUCCUUUCUUGUCAAAUAUUUUACAACCAAAGUUAUCAUUGCCUAACAAUGACAGUCAAGAAUACAAAUUUGCAAACAACAAGUCAUCUAAGGCAACUGAAACUAGUAGUAUCAAUAUUGCUAUUUAUAUCAAUAAUCCUUUCUUACAAGGUGGAUCUAGUGUAAACUAUUCUAUUAAUGCAAUUCCUUUAAAUAAUUCAGAUGUUAAUACAGUUAUACCAAAAGAUAAGUUAUUAGUGGAUGAGGUUCCAAGUGAAACAAAUACAUAUACAGAUAUCAGAACAAAGUCAGAGAUCAAAUGCGAAGAAUAUGGAAGACAAUUUUCGAGUACAACAGAAAUAUUGACUUUGGUGGGUUCUAAUGCAGAAGUGAUCAAAAUAAGUAACAAGAAAUGUAUGAACGCAAAUCGACUUGUUGUUGGAGGUGUUGAUGCUUCUCGUGGUGAAUUUCCUCACAUGGUUGCUCUAGGUACAAGAACCACAGAAGGAACAUUUAGUUUCUCUUGUGGCGGUACUCUUAUUGCUCCAGAAUGGGUACUUACUGCAGCACACUGUACUUAUGGACCAAAAAGUCCAACAGAUGUUCGUGUUGGAUUCCACAAUUUGAAAGAUGAUAAACAUGGUAUUACAACCACGAUUAACAAGAUAAUGCGUCACCCAAGUUACAGACCUCCUGCAAUGUAUGCCGAUAUUGCUCUUAUAAAAUUAAAUACCAAUGUUACAUUUAGUAAAGAAAUAAGACCUGCCUGUUUAUAUCAACAAUAUGAUACCGUACCUCCUCAAGCAUGGGUCAGUGGCUGGGGUGUAACUGAAUUUGGUGGAGAGGAGCAAAGUGACACACUGCAAAAGGCUCUUCUUGAUAUUGUUGAUAACAUAGCCUGUGCAAUAAGACAUAAUCAGUCAAUAGCAGUACCAUAUGGGAUUACACCAAGUAUGAUCUGUGCAGGAGAUCGUCGUGGUGGUUGGACCAAAGACACUUGUCAAGGAGAUUCUGGAGGCCCAUUACAAAUAAUUCAUCCUCAAAAUUUCUGCCUGUUUCAAGUAUUAGGUAUCACCAGCUUUGGGCAAGGUUGUGCGGUUGUUGAUACACCUGGAGUGUAUACAAGGGUCUCCCAUUAUCUUAACUGGAUCGAGGACAUCGUAUGGACGUAACUUUAACUGUGUAAUAUCAAUGUACACCUCGCUUUGCAAAGAUAAAAAACUUUAUUUUUCCAGUGA